AUGAGCGUCCGACCAGCAGAGUCGGACGACAAGGUGAAGAGUACGUCUCCCUGCGCUCUUCAUCACCCUAGGAAAAAAGUGACAAUUCAGACCUUGCAAACACUCAAAAGCGCAAACAUACCUAUAACGAUGCUCACGGCCUAUGAUUAUCCCACCGCAGUCUCUGCUUCUUCCAAUACACUUAUCGACAUUACCCUCGUCGGCGACUCUCUAGCCCAGGUAUGCCUGGGUUAUACCUCGACGAACCAGCUUACUCUCUCCGAAAUGAUUCACCAUGCCCGAGCAGUUGCUCGCGGAACCACCCACCCACUACUAAUCGCGGAUAUGCCAUUCGGGUCGUACCACAUUUCCGUAGACAAUGCCGUGGAGAACGCCAUCCGUCUGAUCCGCGAAGCCCAAGUCGAGGCCGUCAAACUCGAAGGCGGGGAAGAGAUCGUGCCCAUUGUGCGGCAACUUACGCGCAUCGGCAUCCCCGUUAUGGCGCAUGUAGGGCUUCUGCCCCAAAGACACGUAGCCAUGUCCGGGUACAAGGUGCAAGGAAGGAGUGCCGUGGGUGCGAAGCGCGUGAUUAACGAUGCCUUGGCUCUGGAAGACGCUGGAGCGUUCGCCGUCCUAGUUGAAGCGGUCCCGAAGGAACUCGGGAAGCAUCUAACGGAAAAACUCCAGAUACCUACGAUCGGUAUUGGCGCGGGUCCGUGGACAAGCGGUCAGGUGCUCGUAUGGGACGACGUUAUGGGUACCUGGUGCGGCCACAAGGCGAAGUUUGUCCGUCGUUUUGCCGACCUGAAGACGCAUAGGGAUAAGGGCGUGCAGGAGUUUGCUCAAGCCAUCCGAGAGCGCACGUUCCCUUCAGAAGAUACGGAGAGCUAUACUAUGGACCCUUCAGAACUAGCCAAAUUAUCUGAUUAA